AUGAGGUUACAAAUAUAUUGCCUUUACAAAAUGUUGUCCAUUUUAGAAAAACAUAUAUUUCGCAAUGAAUUCCUUGAAAGCAAACUUUUACCAAUGAAGUUAUUGAAGAGAGAAGGUUCAAAUGAUUGUCUACCUCGAGAUCGAAGCGAAUUACAUUGCAUAUACGAGUGUCGCGUUGCCAUAAUCGGGUUAGGAGGUGUUGGAAAAUCUUUGGCGCAUUUGUUGAAAAUGUUUCCUGGUACAUUGACGGAACUUCGACUGUUGAAUAGAAGCGAUCCUUCAGGAAUAAUUGAAGAAUUAAAUCACAUACCUACAAAACUUCCUAUUUUUGGUAUGUGCGGAAUGGAAAAUCUUUGCAAAGGUCUAAAAGAUGUUGACAUUGUGGUGAUAUCGGCUGGUUACGCGAGAAAGACGGAUGAUUCAUCACGAGAAGAUCUUUUCUCGGACAACGCAAAGAUUUGUGCGAACAUAUGCAAGGCCUGUUCCGAAGCUUGUCCUACAGCAUUAAUAGCAAUAGUUGCGAAUCCGAUAGAUACCUUGGUACCUUUAGCUGCGCAUAUUUUAAAGAAACAUGGCUCCUACAAUCCAGCAAAAUUAUUCGGAGUCUGCGAAUUGGAUCAUUUGAGAGCGCGACAUUACUUCGCCGACUUAAUUUGUGUGGAUCCAAAAUGGACUUAUGUUCCCGUAGUAGGUGGUCAUGGGGAGCACACUACAGUCCCAUUGUUCUCAAGAUGUCGGCCUAACAUAGAGUUGACACCGGAGGAGAUGAUGAAUCUCACCAAGGCUGUUAGAAUAGCCGGAAAAAAUAUCGUGAAGAUGAAAAAAUCAAGUAGCACAUACUCCAUGGCUUCAGCAACCAUGUAUUUCAUUCACAAACUUGCCCGUGCCAUUCACCACGAGCCAAACAUAGUUAUUUCCGCAUAUACGGAAUCUCGCGUGACCGGGGCUCAUUUUUUUUCAAACGAAUUGUUACUUGGGCCAGCUGGGAUCGAUAAAAAUUUGGGUUUCGGCAGAGUUAAUGUAUUCGAGCAAAAACUUAUCGACGAUGCGGUCAAGGUCCUACGGAAGCAAGUCGAUAUGGUAGAAGAGUUCAUUGAUAAAUUCGACGUUUAA